CUGAGCACCGGGCGGCGUCGAAAACACCUGAGCGUGUUGAGAGGAACCAAACGAAAGAAAAAAAAGAAAACACCCAACGCCAUUCAGACGCAGAUAAGGGUUCUUACAGGCUGGCAUUUUAAGUGGACAGAGGUAGAUAAGAAGAAUCGUGAUAAGAAAACAGUUUCAGUGCCUGUGGCUGAAGUGAUUGGAGUGGAGGAGGGUCGGGUGGAGAUCCUACCCCAGAAGUCUGUGGAGGACACGGAUAAGGAUUUCACAGUUUUCUAUGUGAAGCGUAGCAGUAGCGGGGGCUCCUACGGGUUGCUAUGGAGACUGGGCCGGACCCAGUUCAGCUGCCCCAGUCGGGUGCUCAGAGACCAGUGGAUUGCACAUCUCAGGACAGCUGUCAAAACUCACAGUCCUUUGCGGCCUCAUAAACUGCUGGUGUUCAUCAACCCAUUUGGGGGAAAGAAGAAUGGAAGACAGAUCUACCAUUCUCUGGCUGCUCCUCUCUUUGAGCUGGCUGAUAUCAGCUCACAUGUGAUAGUGACUGAGAGGGCGAAUCAGGCCAGAGACCACAUCCUGAAGAAAGACCUGACAGGCUUUGAUGGUGUGGUCUGUGUGGGUGGGGACGGCAUGUUCAGUGAAAUACUCCAUGGUGUUAUUGGGCGGACGCAGCAAGAGGCAGGCCUUUGUGAGCACGAUCCCGAUGUCACCUUGCAGCCGUGUCCUCUCCACAUUGGCAUCAUCCCUGCAGGUUCUACCGACUGCGUGUGCCACGCCACAGUGGGAGUGAUUGACCCCGUAACUUCAGCUUUGCACAUUAUUAUCGGAGACUCUCAGCCUCUGGAUGUGUGUUCUGUCCACCAUGCCUCUGCUCUGCUGCGCUACUCGGUCUCUCUGGUGGGCUAUGGCUUCUACGGAGAUGUACUGGCCGAGAGUGAAAAACACCGCUGGAUGGGACCACUUAGAUAUGACUAUUCAGGCACAAUGGUGUUCCUCAGCAACAGAAGCUACACGGGCAGAGUUCAGUAUCUGCCGGCAGACCCUCUGUUUUCCAGCCCCAGAGAUAAAACGCGCUGCCUCUCGGGAUGUGGUGUGUGUUCCAGAAGCACAGAAAGACUUUUCCCCAAUUCUUCGGAUUCGGGCUCCCUCUACAGCUCGUACUCCGGCCAGAUCAGUACCGACUCAGACGGUGAGUGGGUGAGUGUUGAAGGCAGAUUCAAGUGUGUGUCUCUCACUUGUAUGUCCAGCUCGUGCACCAGAAGUCCUCUAGGCCUCUCUCCCUCUGCCCACCUGGCUGAUGGAACAGGGGACCUCAUCCUUGUAUGGGACACCAACCCUUUGGGUUUCCUAAAGUUUCUCCACAGGCACACCAGUGCACAGGACCAGUUUGACCUGCCGUUUGUGCAGGUCCACCGUGUGAAGGCAGUCCGUUUCUCUCUGGUAGAGGACGGAGAGGAACAAGUACAUGAGGAGUCUGCAUAUGAAGAAGAGAGAGGAUAUGCGGAGAGUGGAGGCAGAAAUGGAUCCCAGCAACACUUAGCACAGAGAUCUACGGGACAAGUGAUAACAAAGGAGGAGAAAACAACAACCCCCCUAAUAUGUGGUCUGUGCUGCAAAAAAGCUCCCGAUGUGUCAGUGUGGAACUGUGAUGGAGAAAUUCUGUCUGUCACCGAUAUCCUCUGCAAGAUUCAUGGUCAAUUGGUACGACUGUAUGCCAGGGGGAUUGAGGAUGGAGCUGUGAUACACAACUGCAUCCAGCAGGGGAAGGAUUGUAAAAGGACAUGCACACUAGAGAGAUAG